GAGUGGGUUCCGAGUCCCUCCCCCAGUCUCCUCCCUCCCCAGCCCCCUCCCCCGCUCCAUCUGCUCCCAGCCCGGCCGGGGAUCACAUUGUACCGGAGCUCCCCACACGCUGUAGCCGGGCUCGGGGUGCUGCCUCGGGAUGCCCCCGGUCGGUGCCCUGGGGGAGCUCCGCUCUUGUUGGCGGGUCCCCGCCAUCGCGCAUUUCUGCUCCCUCUUCCGCACCGCCUUCCAGCUGCCGGACUUCGAGAUAGAGGAGCUGGAGGAGGCCUUACAUAGGAAUGACGUGGAAUUUCUCAGUGAGCUUGUGGCCUGCCUCCUGCAGGGCUGCUACCAGCGCCGCGACAUCACUUUGCAGACCUUCCACGUUUAUCUGGAGGACAUUAUCAGUUACCGGUGGGAGAUGGAAGAAGGGAAGCCCAAUCCCCUUAGGGGGACGACCUUCCACCAACUGGAGCUGCGGACCAGGCUGGAGAUCCUCCACCGGCUCUGCGACUACAGACUGGACGCCGACGAUGUGUUUGACCUGCUCAAGGGUUUGGAUGGAGACAGCCUUCGCGUGGAGCCUCUCGGGGAAGAUUCCUCUGGGAAUUUAUACUGGUAUUUCUAUGGAACCCGACUGUAUAAAGAGGAGCCUUCCUGGGAGAAGAGACAGCGCCUUCUGGAGCAGGCAUCCAAGAACCAAGAGAAACCGGUUCGGAAGAGGGGGCGCCCACCCAAAAAGAAGAAGCCAGUGGAAGAAGAGCUUUUGCUCAGUGAGAAAAUGGACCCCAAGCCCCCAGUUGUGGAUGAAAUAUCAGACAUGAAAGGCUGUUCCCCCGGCGAGGGCUCCUGGUCGCUCCUAUGCCAGACGGAGCAGGAAUGGAGGGAAGUCACGGACAGCUUCCGGGAUAAGGUGUCCCAUAAUGAGCGUCAGCUCUACAAGCUCCUGAGCGAGGAAUUCCUUCCCGAAAUCUGUAACAUGAUCUCCCAGAAGGAAACAAAGAUCCAAAAGGAACAAGCAGAGAUUGCUUCCAAGCGGUUAUCGGAACGUUCUGGGCUCCGGGAUCCUGAGCAGGACCACAAUCCUCUGGGAGGCCACGAGGGAGAUGAGGAGAGGCGCCUGCUGCUGGCCGUGCAGAGGAAGGAGCAAGAGCUUCGGCUGAAGGAGGAGAGAAAGAGAGCGAUGGCAGAGAGGGUGAAGUCUGUGGAAGAUCGUGCCCAGAGGAGGAAGCUGAGGGAGGAACGCGCUUGGCUCCUGUCCCAGGGCAAACAGCUCCCCCCAGAACUCCGGCACCUGGAACCCAGAUCCCCAGUGGAAACGGACUACGGAACCGGAGACCUAUUUAGCUUUGAGCUGGACGAUCAUUACACAGCAAUGUACAAAGUUCUGGAUGCAGUGAAAGCACACAAGGAUUCUUGGCCAUUUCUGGAACCAGUUGAUGAAUCCUAUGCCCCUAAUUACUACAACAUCAUUACGUGCCCAAUGGAUCUGUCCAGGGUGGAGCAGAGGCUCUGUUCUGGGUACUAUCUCACCAAGGAGCAGUUUGUCAAUGACAUGAAAAUCAUAUUUAAGAACUGUGCCAAAUACAAUGGCCAGGACAGUGAAUACACAGAGAUGGCAGAUAACCUGGAGCGCUGCUUUAAGAAGGCCAUGCUCAAGCACCUGCCUGAGGACGAGGGGGAGUCAGACGGAGAAACGUGGAUUCACGUGGAGGAGAAGGAGAGGCCUUUGAAGCGGAAGAGUCUUGGGAGGCGCUCUAAGGUGGGGGGCUGGCAGAAGAGCAGAGAUGACAGUGAGAGGAAAAGGCAAUCAAGCGAAAGCAGCAGAGCCAGUCCUUCCACACCAAGACAGGAGGAAAGUGAGAGGCAUUAUGGUCCCCCGGCUAUGGCAUCACCAUACCCACACCAGCUGCACUACGGGGGCAUGGCCCGGCAGUCCCUACAUCCAAGGGACAUGCCGUCGGCCCCUGGAAUGCAGGCGCCGCUGAGGAGUUCGGAGCCCGGCCUUAGUUACGGAGCACUUAGAUUUCCAGAACCGCAACUUGGGGAUCCCGUACAGCAAACCCAAAGCUACAGAACUCAGGCCUCUCCUGACGUUCCGGAAGCAUCGGACAGUAACCCUGCCAAUUUCAGACAUUCCCGUGGCCCCCAUGUCCCGCCCAACUCUGCCAGAAUGAGCGGCCCCUCACAGGAAGGCGGGCGUUUGUACCCUCAAGCACAAUACCCCAUGGGAUACAUGCCCCAGAUGAGACCCGGCCUCCCAGAUGGUAGAGUUCCUCCUCAAGGCCCUGGCUCUGCACCAUUUCAAUUAGGGCAGCCAUCUGCUGCUUGGAAUGGAAAUUGUCCUCCAAGGCCUCAACAGUAUGGGGCCCCUAUGGACCCACGCAUGGUGAGGCCCCCUGACUCCGUGUGCAAUGGGAGGAAUACAUUUGGCUCAGCUGGGAAUUCCAUGAUGGACAGUCCAGAGAUGGUGGCCAUGCAAAGACUUUCAUCCCUUUCUGGUCCUCCAAGCUCUGCAUACCCCCUGCCUCUAGGACCUGCACCCUAUCCGCCCUCUGGGGCACCGGGAACAAUGAAUGGGCCAGAUAUGUGCCAGCCCUCUGCUGUGAAUCGAGCAAAAACAACUGCUCCAGGAGAUAAAGCUUCGUCACCAGGCGAUUCCAAACCCAAGUCCCCUCCCACUGCUCCAACACAAGCCCUAAUGAAUGGGGAUGACGGUCCUUCGCCUUUGCCACAAGUCCCUCCGCCAAACCAAGGGAAUCCAGGCGUUGGCGCCUUCAGAGAUCAGGAAAAGCAAUGGGGUCCCACAGGUGGAACCCAGGAUGGGGCCAGCUCAGCACCCCACCAGGGCCCAAAUAAUGCAGUGGAAGGGACAGCAGAAGUUGGGCAAUCAAAGGAAUCUUUGAAGGAGGCCCCAAAGAGCGAGCCGAUAACAGCCCCUAGGAAGGAUGUGGCUCGCCCCCAGCCAGGGGCAGAGACAGUCAGUAACUUGGCAACCUUGUUAUCCACUGCUUCCCACAAUCCUGGGGUCGUUAGGCCUCCAGGGGCAUAUCCUUCACCCUUUCCACCCCAGAGAUAUGGUAACGGACAUCCUCAAAUUGCACCAGGGUCAUAUCCCAGGUACCCCCAUCAGGAUCCGUCUUAUCCUUACCAACGGCACCCACAGCAAGGGCAUCCACCCUACCAGCCUUAUCAGCAGCCUCCUUAUUACCCUCGGGAAUAUACACGCUGGCCCCAGCCUCCUCAGCAGAGAGGUACCUAUCCUCACCCAGGGCCCCCCCAAAAUCUGCAGGGAAUGGGGGAACUGAGGAGCUUACUAAUGUCCCCUCUGCUGGAAGGAGAGCCAAAGGCUGUGCCAGGGGAGGCCAAAGUGCAGGCAGAGGAGGAAGGACAAAGGAGUGAAGGAGGAUCAGACAGACCUGAGAGCCCCAAACAAUUCCUGGACUUGGACAGUCACAAGAGACAGUGUGGCAGUUUUGGGUAUGAAGGGCCGCAGCCUUGGGGUAAUGGCAACUUCCGUCCCCAUCCUAAUGUUAUGCCUCAGCCUCCCUAUCCACCUCAGCACCAUUACCGGCCUCAGGGCUACCCUCAGCCACCAAUGCAUGCCCCGCGGCAUCCUGGUCAUGCCGAGACUAACGGCCAUGCUGCUCUGCGGCCUGGCUACCAGAACCUGGAUCACAACAGAGGACACUUUCAGGCUGUCAUGAUGGAGCAAAGUGGCAACAUGCCCCCUUUCCAGAACAUGUACCGACCCCAGCGGAUGAACUUCCAAAUGCAGCCUCCAGCCUUCCCCAAAGCCACUGGGCAAGGGGACAUGGUACAGAAGCCCCCAUCCAUGCCGCAGGACCAGCAGGCAACUUGUGAGUGAAUAUCAGGAAGACCGGUGAGUGCACUCACUUCAAACAAGGCCUUGGAUCACUGCCGCCCCGUGAUGCCGUAGCCUUGGCUGGCCUGUGCCUUCAGGGACUCUCUUCCAAGUACCCUCCACCCUACACGGCCACUGCAGGACCUUGCUGCCAUCUUACACUGUAAAUCGGAACACGCCUGUCCUUCCCAAGGUGGCACUGAGGACAGGGCAUCUCAGGAAAUUUGAGUGGCGUUCUUGCGCCUUCUCUUGUCUGUUUACACACUCAAUUUUGCUGCCUUUUUUUUUUUUUCUUCUUCGUUCUUUGUGUUAGUUUUAAUUAUUUUCUGAUUUUGACGAAUGUAUUGUACAGAGUUUGCCCCCCUAUCCCCUAAUGUGUCUGAUAUGAGUUCCUCUGUGUAUGAAGAAAUCAUUAAGGCUGGUGGGUCUGUUUAGUUCCCCUUUAGUGGAGACUGCCCUGGAUACAAUAUUGGCAUUGUUUUUCCUUUUUUUGGGUUGCCUUCCCCUUUAAAAGGAUAAAUUGAUUGGCCAGUUUGUAGAAUAUAGUGCAUAUCAGAGCAGUGUCCAUUGCUUAUGAGGAGUUGAAGGCAUUACUGUUAUUAGCUGUAUUUUCUUGCUGAGAAUCAUGGGAACUGUAUGCCAAGAAGAUGUUGUGUGUUAGAAAUUGGCACAGCUGGUACUGACGUGUUAUGGUUCUAUCAUCCAGUCCUGGUUCCGUAAUGAAGCAAACCCAAACCCACUCUUAAGUACAAGGCUCUGCCAGCUGCAACCGACUUAUUGCUUCUACCUCUAUAAGAUGGCAGUUGAAAAAAUUCUUUUGCAGUUUGCAUUAAUUAAAUAUAUUUUUCUAGUUUUCCAGAUAUUAAUAGUUUUUACAAUGGCAGUGAAACAACCGCACCAACUGCAAUUUAUUUCAUCCCACCGACCAGUGGCAGAAACAGAACAAAGGAAACCCUUGUGGCAUCAGGUGAUCCAUUCUCUGCUCACUAAUUUCAUUUUCUGCCGGCCGUAUCCAGUUGGCCCAAUGAACAGCAGGUGGCGCCGUUGUUCAGAGUUUAUUAUAUUAACAGUGCAAAAUGAAAAGACAGAAAAGAAAUGACUCUUCCUGUGGAAGGUCCUAUUCAGUAUUCUGCAGUCUCACAUUUUCAGUGCCGCUGUUAUAUAAAGGAUAAGACUCAUGAACUCCUAUAGCAGAAGUAGCCGGACAAGCGAUGUGCAAAAACAAAGCUCAGAUGGAGCCAUGGACUUUAUUGUGCUCCGGGUUUUUCUACACUGUUACAUCCUGCUGUGUUAUGUAUGAAAUAAGGUCACGUGACAGGAAAUGGGUGGUGCAAAUAAAAAUGACUCCCCCCUAAUCUGUUGGACAGAAGAGCUAACAGUCAAAUAGACACUUAUGAACAAUGCAGCAGAAGCCAGCUGACCUGGAGGAGAAUAGUCUUCUGCUACAUUAUUUCAGAUCCAGAACCACAGGACAGGAGAGGGGUAAUGAAAUACUGCUAUUGAAGCCAAUGCAUUUACAGAUAACUUUUAAAGAGUUUAAGUUCCCCUUGAGAUCUGGGGGGUGUUUUGCUCAAAAUGGGGGUUUGAUGAGGUAAUUCAGGUAGCUCUUUUGUCAGAAUCUAAACAUAGUUGGACUUUAUUGUAUGCCUAAUACAUUUUACCAUCUCGUAAACAGCUGAAAUAUAUAUAUAUAUAUAUAUACUUUUUAUAAAGCGACAGUUUUGAUAUUUGAUCAUGAUUUAUUUAUACAGCCCCAGUUCAUAAAUCACAGAGAAACUCCUCAGACAUUCCCAGAAAAUGUGAAUUUUUAUUUAUUGGUUUUUACAAAUUUGUAUAUUUUGGGUUUUUCUUUUUCACACAACCACUUGUUACCUCAGCAGUCGGCGCUAAGUAUGAUAAAUUGUUUUUGUUUUGUUUUUUUAAUCUAUUUUGACUGACCAUUGCAUUCAUUUUUUUUUAAUGUAUAAGGAAUUUGACAUAUGCGCGGGGGAUAGUGAAUUUUCACGGAUUUGUUAAUUUUGUAUAAAGAUGCGUUCUUAGAAUAAACAGUUCUAAACAGUUUAA